AUGCAAGCCGUGUUGUUGCUGCAGGAGGCCGACGCACAGAAACUGCAGCAACAGGAUAACCAACUGCAGCAGGAGCAGCAGGUGCCGCUGCAGCACUCGCGAGCUGCGCAGCAGCUGCUCCAGCAGCUGCUGCAGCACGAGCAGCAGAAUCAGGAAGAUGAGCAUCUGCUGCAGCAGAUAGAAGCAGCAGCAACAGCGCAGUGCACCUCAGGAGAAUGGGUAGGGGAUAUGUUGUCCAUUUGCUGCUGCCAGGAAGCAGCAGCAGCAGACAUGCUGCUGCUGCUAGGGUCGCCAGAGCCGGAGCAGCAGCAGCAGUUGCUGCAGCAGCAGCACUUCAUGCGCUCCCAGUACAGGCAGCGUGUGAAGCAGCUGCAGCAGCAGGAGAAGCAGCAGCAGCUGCUGGAUGAGAAUAUAAGAAGCAGCAGCGCAGCAGCAGCAGCAGCAGCAGCAGCGGGAUCAGAUGACCCCAGUGUGCUGCAGCAGCUGCGCUCUCUUGUCUAUCGCCACACCGCACUCAGCAGCAGCAGCAGCAGCAGCAACAGCGACAACAGCAGCCGCAGCGACAACAGCACCAACAGCGAGAGCAGCACAAGCGACAGCGACAGUAGCAUCAGCACGAGCGAAAGUUGCAGCAACAGCAACAGCAGCAACAGCAGCAGCAGCAGCAGCAGCAGCAGCGACAGCAGCAAGUGGUAUUUUGCUGCACUGUGGCUGCAGCAUUCAUUAGGGAGACACAGCGAUUUGCUGCAGGUCCUGCAACGGCACCCGCAGCAGCAGGCAGCAGUAGACGCGCAGCUGCUGCUGCUAAAGGCGCAUGCACUGGGUUUAGGGUUUGGAGCGUGUGUUGGUUUGCUGCUGCUGCUGUUGUUGCUGCUGCUGCAGCUGCUAAGCUGGCAGCAGCUGCUGCUCGCUGGGGUGUACAGACAGUGGCUGCUGCUGCAGCGCGCUGAGCUCGGCCCCCGCAGCACCAAACCUCUGCGGCUCUCGCAAGUCAAUACCGCUGGCGCCUUUGCUUUGCUGCAGCAGCUGCCAUUGCCUUCUGCCUACAGCAGCUGUGGCCUCGCCUUCUCAAGCUUUAAUGCAAGGAGUACUGCACGACGAGCGCUGCUCGGAGGAAGAGCAGAGGAAGCCCUCGCUGUCUGCAACAUUCUGCUGAAUGGAGAUCCUUUUGACUCGGAUACGAUACGCAUAGCUUGCAGUGCAACUCUUUUGGCUCCGCAUGCAGUAGAGGGUUUGCAGCAGCUGCUGCUGCUGCUAUCGAGAGCAGAGGGACGAAGCCAUCGCAUGCAGUGCUUCUCCACUGCGUGUCUUCUGCGCGGGACUAUUGAAUUUACCUAUGGGAGGUUUCGUGCUGCAGCAGAAUCAGCAGCCAAGGCCAUUCAACUAGGGGACAAGUCGAUUGAGCUGCUGCUGCUGCUGGCUGCUGCAGACGAUAGACUGCAGCAGCAGCAGCAGCAGCAGCAAAUCAACUCAGGAAGGCUUGCGCUUGAGGCGAUAGAAAGGCUAUACCCAUGUUGCAGCGAUGCUUUGCUGCUGAGCGCUCGAGUAGAAAUGCGUCGGCAGCAAAUGGCGACAUCAGAGACUCUGCAGCGCAAGGAGCUGCGGCCGAGUUGUGCUUUGCUGCUCAACGAGUUGGGGGUGCUAGCGGCAGCAACAAGGAACUACAAGAACGCGCUGCGGUGGAUGGAAAGGACUGUGUCUGUUGCUGCUGCUGCCGUUGGUGCUGCUGAGGAUACACCCGGGAAGUGUCCUGAGUUGCCUCAGUACUUCGCAAACCUUGCAGUGUGCCAGCUGCGCGUGGGGCGUCUAUCUGCUGCUGCUGCUGCUGCAGCAGCAGCAUUACAAGCAGCAGCAAAGCUAGCGCAGCUAACUGGUUGCCCUUUUGCUGCUGCCGCUACAUCCUUCCACGACUCUCUUUAUGAGCUGCAGCAGCUGCGUAGCAGCAGAACGAACCCUGCUGCAGCGGCAGCAGCUGCUGCAGCAACUGCAGCAGCAGCAGCUGCUGCUGCUGCAGGAGCAGGAGGAGCAGCAACAAGUCCCCUGGUGGAGCAUCUAGACGGGGAUGAAUUAGCAUGCAGACACCUAAGAAGACAGUUUGCUGCUGCAGCAGACUCUGUGCUGCUUGUUGCUGCUGAGGCUUCCUUAGUAUUGGGGAUUUGCCAUCUACGCAGCUCUAAUGGAGAAGCUGCUGCUGCUCUCCUGGCAUACGCAAUAAGCCUAACGUGGGCUCAUAAAACCCGAGGCAGCGGGCAGGCCAACUGGGUGCAGGCGGAAGCAGAGGCAGCAGCAGCAGCAGCAAACGCGGGGGUGGUUCAGCAGCAAAGCUCGCGGCUGCUGCUGCUGCAGCGCCUCUAUGUUAUGGCAGUAGAAUCAGCGGACACAGCAACAGCAGCACCAACACAGAGGCCGACAGCAGACUCUGCUGCUGCACCCGCAGCAGCUGCUUCAGCAGCGUGGCUCCCCCCAGGGAUUGAGAAAGAGAUGAUGCAACAACAGCAGCAGCAACAGCAACAGCAGCAGAGCCAGGUAUAUGCGGAGCAAAGAGAGCCGAUGGAUGAGGACGUCGCGCAAUGGGCAGCAGCUGUGCAGCAGCAGCACCAGCAAGCCAAAGAAAAACUGCAAGAGCUUGCAGCAUCCCUCAUUUGCAGCAGCAGCAGUAGCAACACCAGCAGUAGCAGCAGCAGCAGUAGCAGCAGCAGUAGUGGCGACAAUAUGUAA